AUGACUGCUAAAACUCGCGCCAUUGACGUGAACUCGUAUGAGCAUCAGCUCCAAACCAAUCAGCAAUUUGUUAUGGCGUUUCUUGAUCUGCAAAAAAACUCUACCAAUAAUGAAAAGUUAUUGGAGUUUGUCGACAACUUCUACGCUGACACACUCAAGACGCCCGAGUUGUGCGCAGCACUCCAACAACGUCUCAUUCACCCUACAAAUAACUCUCCAUCUGUAACUCAUCGCGAUUUCUUCCAUCAUCUAUCGUGCCUUUAUAAGCAGCAGCUGAUGAUGCGGGUGACGCUGCGAUCCUUCCACACCUGCUCCGACCAGAAGCUCCAUCGCAUCGAUACCGGGAAGAAGGUAUCCGCCGUCUUCUUCACUGCCGCAGCCGCGAUCGCUGCCACGGUGGCUGCCGCCAAUGCCAAUACCAAAAAGCCGGCGGCUGCGGUGGCAGCGGCAGCAUCCAUCCUGCUAGUCGCGCUAGGGAAAUGGAUCGGUUCAGUUCUGAGGAAGCGUGAGAGAGACGUGAAGAAGCACAUGGAGAUCAUCCGAGUUAUGAAUAUUGGUGCCAAAAUCAGCAUGAAAGAUCUGACCAAAAUUCACGUAGUAGCUCAGAGUUUGCAGUUGGAGACAGAAUCUUUGUCGGGAACAGAUGGCGAUGGGGAGAAAGUGAUGAAGAGCUUAGAAGAAUUACGAGGGAAAGCUAACGACUACUGCGGGAAUAUGAAGUGGGCUAGACAAGGUGUGCUCCAGAGUAUUAACGCUAGCUCCUAA